AUGACCCUGAAUAUUUCAAAAUGUUCUGUGAUGUCCUUUUCCAGAUCUAGCACACCCAUCAUCUUCCCCUACUUACUUGACGGUCAACCCCUCCCACGUUCUUUCAGGAUCAAGGACCUUGGCGUCAUACUUUCUCCAAAUUUAAAUCCUCAAGACCAUAUAAAUUAUAUCUGCAAGAGAGCUAAUUCUGCCCUAUAUUUCAUUAUAAGGAACAGUCGCAACAUGUUCUCUAUCAAUGCAUUGAGAACCCUCUACAAACAUCUAGUCAGGCCUUUACUUAAAUUUUCGUCACCUGUUUGGAGCCCUUACCUGAUUGGGCAGAUCGAGAGUCUUGAGAACGUGCAGAGCCAUUUUAUUCGUUUGGUUGGUGUGCUGAUGGGUUUUGACUACCGCACUGUUCCUAUCCAGGAUUUACAACUUCAAUUGAACUUGAGGCCACAACUUACUCGACGGGUAAUCAAUGACAUACUGUUAAUGAGGAAGCUUAUUAACUCGGACAUUGAUGCACCAGAUUUACUUUAUAAGUUGGACUUCCGCACAUCCCGCCACCUGCGCCAAACUCAUCCGUUCACUAGACGUCAAUACUCUACCCAGUACAUGUUCCACAGCACUUUUCCCCGCAUCCAACUCUUGGCCAACAGCUUACCGAAUGAUAUCGACCUCUUCUACACCAGUGGCGAGUCGAUAAAAAACAGGUUAUUACUUGUUGGUCUGUGA